UAUUUCCAAAUUAAGUAUAAGAAAAAACUUCAAUCUGGGUUGUGGCUACCCGGGAAUUCCGUGGUUUACUUGACCCGGUUCAUCACGCUGCAAUUCCCUGUACCCGGUGCUCGGCGGUGACGAUUCCUUUGGGGUUCCAGAGCAGACUCAAAGAGGAAAGAGAGAAAGAGGGAGAGUCAUUCGAAAAUUGAGAGAUGAAUCCAUUAACGUUAGUGAAGAGAAUACAGAGCAUAAAUUCGAAGGAAGCAGACUUAGGGAUUUCCGAGGAGGCAUCGUGGCACGCCAAGUACAAAGAAUCUGCCUACAUCUUUGUCGGUGGCAUUCCCUUUGACCUCACCGAAGGCGAUAUCCUCGCAGUGUUUGCCCAAUAUGGGGAGAUUGUUGACGUUAACCUUGUUAGAGAUCGGGGUACUGGUAAAUCCAGAGGUUUUGCAUUUCUUGCUUACGAGGAUCAAAGGAGUACGAUUCUUGCUGUAGAUAACUUGAAUGGAGCGCAGGUUUUGGGUAGAACUAUACGUGUAGAUCAUUGUAGUAACUACAAAAAGAAAGAGGAGGAAGAUGAGGAGACCUGGCAGCAGAAGAGGGAGGCCCGGGGUGUUUGCCGUGCUUUCCAGAGAGGCGAAUGUACCCGUGGAGAUGGAUGCAAGUUUUCCCACGAUGAGCAAAGAGCUGCCAACACGGGUUGGGGUCAUGAGGAUAAGAGUUCAAAAUGGGGACAUGAUAAGUUUGACGGUUCAAAAAGGAAGGAGAGAAGAUUCAGUGAUCAAGAAGGUUUGGGAUUGGGGGAUAAGAGUCCAAGUUCCAGAGAAAAGGGCAAUAGCAGGUCGCUGGAGAGCCAUUCCAGGGAAAGUAAGGAGAGGAAUGACAAGAGAUUGCGAAGACAUGAUGAUGAUGAAAUCAAGCUCAAGUCAAGGGAUGAUCAUGAUAAGAAGCAAGAAAACAGAUUGAGAAAACGAUAUGAAGAUGAUGAAUUUGAGCGUAAGGCUAGAGAUAAUCGUGACAGGAGGGAAGAAAAGAGACCAAAACAGUAUGAUGGUAGUUCACCAAAGUCAAAAGAUGAUCCACUUAGGAGGGAAGAAAACAGAUCAAGGGAGAAUGAUGGCUAUGAUUCUAGGAGGGAAGAAAGGAAAUUUAGAAGGUACGAUGAUGGUGAAUAUGAGCCAAGAUCAAGGGAAGAUUAUCAUAUGAGGGAAGAAAAGAAAUCAAGAAGACAUGGUGAUGAUGAAGUUGAACCAAGGUCUAGAGGAGAACGCGAUGGCAAGGAACAAAAGGGAUCAAGGAGGCGUGAAUCAGGGUCCUCAUUGAGACGAGACCAGGACCAAUUAUCCAGUGACAAAUGGUCUAACCCUGAAAAGGAUUUGUCCUCCCACUAUCGUGGUGAGAGAGAUCGUUACCAGCGUAUGUCAGAUAGAUAACAACGUUGUACAUCUUAAUGGAACUUUGAGCUUACAUGUUUCCUAAGGUAGUUGUCCUUAUUGUAUUUAUCUGAUAGUUGUAAUCCCUUUAUCUUUGCCUAGGUUUUGUGCUACUCCUAGAAUUGUGCUUUUGCUUAUACGAAGGCAACUUGAGAAAUAGUAUUGGUAA